GAAAAUAAAGACCGACUAAUUUAUUUCCAGCCUUCGUAGCCAUAAACAGAUUUCUUGUUUAAAUUUGGUGAGAUUUUUCCCCAUUUCCUUCUCCCCUUUCUCUCUGUUAUUUGCAUAGCGUCUCCACAGUCAUUCAACCCUCUCUGUAAUGCCAUAGAAUCAGUGCUUCUAGCCAACAGAUAUCACUCUAAUCAGCUGAUUUUUUCUACUACUGGCUUCUGUACAUUAAAAAAUAUCCUUCAAGACCUUAGCCAGUGCAUUCUAGCUCUAAUGGCGAACUUUAAUUUUAUAUUUUUUUUGAACUCACAAUUACAGUCUAGCUUUUGAGCUAGAGGUUGUCGAUUGCUGCAGUUCUUAGAAAUAACUCAAAAGUAGAGCUCAGUUCGUCGAAUUUUGAGCUCUAUAAAUUCGUCGAAACAACAAAAAAAUUCGCGAUUUUCUCUCUGGUUUUGCAGUUUUGGAGAUUCAGAAUCUUUGUGUAAGGCCUGAAUUGCCUCCAUAUAUGACCCCGGCAGAAGUAGAGGCUCUUAUUUUCACCUUAGCAAAUUGACCUCACCAGCACCCAGGGAAUAUAUGAGCUAAACAAAGAGAUGCUGUCAACUUGCUUUCAGCUGGAAUGAAGACCUUACAGAGUGCACAAGAACAGUCCACCCAAAUUUCACAGGAUUCCCAAAGCGAGCAACAGAAUAAUCACAAAACAGAGGCUCCAGUAGCGGACUCUAGUUCAAUAUCUGCAUCAAGCAAUGAUAGCAGAAAGGUUUCACGCCAAGAUAUUGAACUUGUCCAAAAUUUAAUAGAACGCUGCCUACAAUUGUAUAUGAAUAGAGACGAGGUUGUUAAAACCCUCUUGACCCGUGCUAGGAUAGACCCUGGGUUUACGACACUUGUAUGGCAGAAGUUGGAAGAAGAAAAUGCUGAUUUCUUUAGGGCCUAUUACAUUAGGCUGAAAUUGAAGAAACAGAUUCUCUUGUUUAAUCAUUUGCUUGAGCGUCAAUAUCAUCUCAUGAAGUAUCCUGUACCUUCGAAAGUUCCUUUGGCUCCAAUACAAAACGGGGUUCAUCCCAUGCCCGUUAACAAUUUACCGAUGGGAUACCCUGUCCUGCAACAACCCCAAAUGCCAGCUCCAGGUCAACCUCAUCUUGACUCAAUGAGCUGUGGAAUAUCAAGCUGUCAUGUUGUUAAUGGAAUCCCUGCGCCAGGAAAUUUUCAUCCCAUUCGGAUGAAUUCUGGAAAUGAUAUGGUGAUGGGAAAUAGUGCAGCUGAUACAGCUCCUGUAGUGCCACCAAGCAGUGCCAUUUCAUCCAUGUCUGAGAUGCCUCUGAGCCCUACGUCAGUGACAUCUAAUGGUCAUUUUCCAUUUAAUGCAUCUGACAUGUCAGGAAUGGGGGUAGACACCUCAGCACUAUAUACAGCAUUUGCAUCUGAUGCGGCAAGCUCUGUAGGAUUGCAGCUUGGACCAGAUGGUGGGGCUGGAAAUUCCAGAUCAUUGGAACAGAUUCAAUGGACUUUCAGCCUUUCAGACCUAACAGCAGAUCUGUCGAACUUGGGAGAUUUAGGAGCUCUAGGAAACUAUCCUGGUUCCCCCUUUCUGCCUUCUGAUUCUGAGAUCUUGCUUGAUUCUCCAGAGAACGAGGACAUAGUGGAGGAGUUUUUUGUUGAUUCCGUCCCAGGGCCACCAUACCAGUCAGAUGAAGAGAAGUCCUAGUGUAAGGUUAGGUUCAAUCCCUGUUCUCUUUGAAAUUAUCAGGAUAGAGAAAAAUUAGAUGAAUAAGAUUUAAGUGGUUGUCAUCUAUUUUUUAGGAUUUUAGUUUGUCAUUGUCAACAAAUCGAACAGCUUAAAAGUGCUCCAGUAAUGUAGUCUUGAUGGGAUUAGUAUGCCUAUAGGGAAGAGUAAUGUUACUUUUAGUUGUAAUUCUCAGCUCAGAAAUUUAAAGGCAAUUUACAACUUCUUACACCUCCCUCCUGUUGUUGAAAUCGAACUCUCUUAAACGGAAAGCUUGAGAGCAUAAUUUGUGACAUUUAUUUGGACCUAUUGGUGUCAUAAUCACCAUAACUGUGAAUUUCUUUGGAUGUAAGAACUUUAUUGGGAUUAUAUAAUGUUUUGAUGUGAGUGAUA